CAGCCGUGUAAUGGCCGUUUCACCAAUAUUCCUUCCCUUUCUCCACAUAUAUAUUUGCCCCUUCUACCUCUCGAAACCCCCCUCCAAUUCUCAUCUUCAGCAGAGUCGUUUAUGUAAAUCUGUGUAUUUGAUCUUUCAGUACAGUCGCAACCAUUAAUUUACCAUGAGCAACGACGUGCCCAGAUCUUUAACCGAUUCUUCCCUGAGUCUCUUCAAACUAGCCAUCUCUGCUUUCGAUCCCUCUUUCUUGUAACCCUAAUCGAUCUCUUCCGAUCUCAAUUUCCCCUUCUUUCUUGGGUUUCCGAUUCCCUUUCCCUUUUGGUUUUCUGGGUUUAGUUUGUGUGGAGAUGGGCGCCAGUGGAGACAAGAAUAAUCUCAUGAAUUUUCACUUCCAUUUUCAUCUCCACCGCCACCACCACCGCGGGGAGGCGGAGAUGAAGGAGAUUCCGAAGGGCUGCUUGGCCGUCACGGUGGGGCAAGGGCCGGAGCAGCAGCGGUUCGUCAUCCCCGUGAUCUACAUCAACCACCCUCUCUUCCUCCACUUGUUGAAGGAAGCUGAAGAAGAGUACGGGUUCGAUCAGAAAGGCCCCAUCAACAUCCCUUGCCAUGUCGAGGAGUUCCGCCAUGUCCAGGGCCUGAUCGACAGGGAAAACGCCCACCACCGCCGUCACCACCACCACCACCACCACCACCACUUGUGCUUCGGAGCUUGAAAGAUCAUGUCGACGGCGGCGUGUAAUUUGGGAGAAUAAGCGAAGUCGUGAUCGGGGAACUACAACCAAGGCGGCGGCUUCGGGGGCUUGAUGUUGUCGCUGUAGAAAAGCUCGUCAACGGUGGAGACCGAGGCUAGCUCCAACGGCCCGCUGAACUCGAACUCGAAAUCGUUGUAAUUCUCCUUAUUAUUAUCUCUCUUGGUUUUCGAAAUUCCAGGCUUCUCUUCCCAUUUGAAGGGGAUCGUGGAAGAGAGAUCGCCAUCGGACGCCGUGGUAGAGUAGCGGAAGAAGAAGGAGGAGCGGGUGAGGCUAAUGGGGGCACUGAAGAAAAAGUUGUCGAAGCUCUGGGGGACUGGACGAUGCGCUUAUGUACGAAGAAGUGCACGCACUGUCAAAGUUGAAAUCCCCCGCUGGCGACGAUAUCAUCACCUCCAUCUCUAUUUCUUGAAUUUGGAAGAGAGAACCGAAAACCAAUGAAUCUUAAAGACUUCGCAACAAUUGACAACUGAAGUUAGGUGCAGAGAAAGAAAGAAAUAAGGAAGAGAAGAAUGAAACAACAACGGAGGAGAGCAGAAGCUACAGAGUCGCCUUUUGAACUGUCCUCAAUGUGGUGCGACUUAUUUUGAAGGCUUUACGCAAACCAGCGUUCUCUCUCUCUCUCUCUCUCUCGCAACGAUAGUCGUAUUCAUCGCGGCUGCUAUGGCGGGUAAGUAACAGCUGCGUUAAUAACGACCAUAUGUGUGCUUGUGCUUGUGUAUAUUGAGGGGUGGGUGAUGGCCGCAACCAUGGUUGGGGGGACGGGUGAUGGCCGCAGUCAUGGCGGCUGGCGGUGACUGCCAUGGCUACGACCUUGUGUGUCUUUGUGCAUUUGUAUAUAUAUGUAUAUAUAUACAAAGUCGGGUGUAUAUAUAUUUAUAUGUGUGUAUAUAUAGAUUUGGUACAAACAUAACAGAACCAUUUACUGCA